AUGAAUAAGCUCAUCAUCGCCUUGGCCAUGGCUUCGGCCGCCACUGCGGCUCCAACUCUAGGCCGCCGCGACGACUGCCAAGACGCCUACAAGACUUGUAUCGCCGCCGGAACCCUUGAGGUUGCUUGCUCAUGCACUCUCACAUCUUGCCUCGGCGAAGACAGCGCUCGCCUCCGUGAGUACUGUGCCAGCGCAACUGCAAACCUGCCGAAGCCGACUUCGAGUGGCAUUCCUGGUGGCUGCAACCCAGCUCACCCAGGAUCUUGCCCCUCCUCCUACUUCACCUACCCGACCGCUUCCGCUUCCGCUGCACCUUCGUUCACCUCCAUCGCCGGUAUUCCCGGUGGUUGCAACCCGGCCCACCCCGGCUCCUGCCCUUCCUCGUACUUCACCUACCCGACUGCUUCCGCUUCCGCGGCGCCUUCAUUCACUUCCAUUGCCGGCAUCCCGGGAGGCUGCAAUCCGGCUCAUCCGGGGUCUUGUCCUUCCUCGUACUUUACGUACCCAACUGUCUCGGCCACGGCAGCACCUACUGCCACGCCAAUUUCCGGAUCCGGCGGCAAUACCGCCACAUACCCCAGUCCCCAGCCCGUUGAGGGCAAGCAGUGGAUAAUCCAGGACAUGACCCGUUACUGCGGCGAAAGCAACCAGGGUUGCGACUACAACUUCGCGAUUGAGGCCAACGGCGAGACUGAGCGUUGCACUAUCAUCCGGAUGCCCGGCUCCGACGCUGCCACUGAGAGCUGGUCUAACCAACCUUGCACUUCGGGCUCCGAGUUCACGGUCUCUUGGGGCUACGUCGUCGACCCUACUCCUGCUUUCGCUGUCAUUACUGUUGUCAAGGGCAAGGAGAUCGCUUGGUUCGGCGUUCCCGAUGUCAACGGCAAGCCCGUCACCACCACUCCCUCUAACCCCUUCGGCUCUGGACAGUUUGGGAACCUUGGACCUGAGCAGGUAUACACCUACUAA